UUCUCUUACAAAAGAACCUACGUUGAACGCAUUUAGUGGUCUCGACCCUUUAAAAUGGAUUCAAUUUGAUGAACUUAAGAACGUUAACUGCCUUGCAAAGUAUGAAUGUUGUAAUUUUUAUUCAGCAAAAUGGAUAGAUAAUCAAAAUAAAAGAGAAGGUACAAUAGAAGUGAUUUUGAUAAGUCCUAUAAACAAGACACAUUUAAAAUGUCAUGACAAAGUUAGCAUGCAUGAUAUACUAGGUAUCUCUCAAGACCCACAAAAUG